GAAGGGAGGAAGAGAGCUUUUGUCCAAUGUGUCAUUUUCCAGGAGGGUCCGGGCCUUUUCAAGCCACUCAGCUGUGGAACGGGGUCAUCCGGGCUCUUCAGACCCAGGUGGAAACCAAAAGCAGGCGGCAGCGCCUGCGGACCCACCGGGACUGCUUCACCGGGGCCGAAGCGCUUAGUACAGUGCUCUGCACAUAUCACCUGAUGCAGAAGAAGGCCCCCGGCCCAAGUGACCUCUCCCGCCUCAAGGGAGCCCGCCUCUGCCAGGCCCUGAUGGAGCAGAGGGUCUUUGAACCCGUUGGAGCGAAGCUGUUCGGAAGUGACGGAGCGCUGGACUUCGAAGACACCGACAGGAGCCUUUACAGGUUUCCAGACAACAGCAGCCCUCCUAGCCUGGGGGAAAAAAAUAGAGAUGUCGAAAAUGUGGCACCUGAGGGAAAAGAAGCAAAGAGAGAGGCCAGAAUUGAAGCGGAAACAAUAAGCAAUCCUUUAGCACAAGAAAUGAGUGAUAUAGGAAUAGAAGACUUUAUUCAAAGGGCAAACGGGAAUGCAAAUUUACAUGCAAAUAUCAAGGUGAAUAAGUCGGUCCGCCUGUUUCCCAAAAAAGUUAUGGAAGAAAUCUGGAAACAUCAAACACUGUUACGGCUUCUUCAGUUAAUUCACCUUCCUUUUCUGGAAGGUGUUUUGGAGUCUCCCAUCGAAAGACAAAACCCUCAGUUGAUCAGAGACGAUGAUCUUAUAAUCUCUAACACUUUUCUGGACAGGGAAGUUACCCUGGGCUUAAAUUUGCCCGUUACUGACAAAAGGCUUAGUGCCGCAAUUGAAUGUUUGGAAUAUUUCCCCGACCAGCUGAUUGUGAUGACUAGCCAGCAGUUAGUUCAGAAUAAUAAUGAAGAAUUAGAAUUGAAUAUGCAGAAGAAGAUACUUUUUGAUGUUAUAGUUAAGUAUUACAAUCAGAAGAGAGACUGCCUCCUCACCAACUGUUAUUCUGAUGUUCACUCAGGAAUACUAGAACUGCUGGAGAAUGGGAAGAAGGGGAAAGCUCUGGAGGCAUCACAGCUAUUCCUGCGAUUACUUUUGCCAAAUGUUAGAGAAGAACUACGAAGGCUACUUACUUUUAUGGCAGUUGCAUCCAAACCAGGUGGCUACAGAAUACAAAAACAGUUUGAUAAUAAAUCAGUGGUUAUGAAAACUCUUGCCAAAGCAAUUUUACAACCCAAAUCAUUGUUAAAAAUACAGACUGACCAUUUAAUUAAUUUUCUGCUGGAAAACCACUCUGAACUUUUCAAGACACCUUUGAUUUUGUGGGAAAUGGUCAGUAAGAAAUUUAGGAGCCUAUCGGAUGGAGAAGAUCCAGAUGCCACAACAGGAUUUACAUUUUGCCAACGUUUGCCUGGUAGGGACUACGAAAGGCAAAAGCAGACAACAAUUCAACAUCUCCAGCAGUUGAUUCGAAAUAGUAAUUCCAGCAUUCCUUUAAAACAGAAGAAAAAAUUGCUUAAGGAAUUUCAGAAACAUCAUCCUCCAGCUUUGGCCCUUUAGGAUGAAAAUGUAUUUUCACUUGGGACUUUGUGCAAAAUCAGGAGCAAUUAUCUCUAUAUCCCUGGCUUUAUCCAAAUCGAGGUGCUUUCAAUGAGGAAAAUAUACUGCAAAAUAUAACCUCAGGAGGAAGAACGUAAAAUUUGGAAAAACAUAAACUAUUUUUAAAAGACUGUUCUAAAAAAGACUUGCACUACCAUGCUACCGAUUCAUUCUGCUACUCCAUAAUUAUACUGAGUAAUGCAAUAAAGUGUUAAUUAGGAAAACAGUGCAACUCUGAGUCUUCAAAAGACUAUCUUGUAGAAAUGUUAGACAUAUCUUUUUCCACUCCCAAUUCAUUAUUUCCAAGCUAUUUUUUU